AAGUGGUUGUGCAUUUUGUUGUCUCACAGAAAGAGGAGGAGAAGCCUAAGAGGAGGGGUACUGAGGGGAAUCAGGAUCUGAGCUGCCAGUUUAGCCUGAAGCUGCUAGGCAGGUCUCGCACAAGGAUCUGAGUGGGAGCUACAAUCAUGGCCUCUAUGGCAGCAGCUAUAGCUGCAGCCAGGACCUCAUCGAUGUGUGUUAACCGGCCCCUUGAUGACAAAGAGCGGAAUCGCUUUGCGUAUUUCUCUUCCCUGAACUCCAUGGCCAAGAAGAUCAUGCAGGACAAGGAGAAAAUCCGGCAGCGAUACGGACCUGAGUGGGAUAAAAUGCCUCCCAAGGAGCAGGAUGAGGCCAUAGACAAAAACAUGAUGGAUCCCCAGCUUCAGACUCGUUAUGCCCUGCACCGGGGAGCUACCGAAGCCCAGCCCGUGUCCUGUUACCCUGUGCUCCGGACCCAGACUGGGCAGAAGGUGGUGCACUUCGGGGAGGAGGACAUAACUUGGCAGGAUGAACACUCGGCCCCUUUUUCCUGGGAGACUAGAAGUCAGAUGGACUUCAAUAUUAGUUCUUCUACUCAAGAAUCAUCAAAUGCUCCGGUGCACACAGAGCAAAAGCAAACUCCAAAAGCCAUCAGCCAAAGCAACCAAAUCAAGACGCCACAUGGCAACCAGCCUCCUAAGGUUACUCAGGUUCCUAAAACUCCAAGUGGUGACGGGUCCGCACCAGCCAGAAAAGAGGAGGAGUCACCCUUCUGGAAGAUCAGCAUGGAACGCUCCAGGAUCGAAGGCUCACAGUCGGAAUUUCAUUCACUGACCCCCAGUCAAAUAAAGUCCUUGGAAAAGGGUGAGAAGCCUCUCACGGUUUGCUGUAGACAAGACCCCUGUCAGAAGGAAAAAGAUACAGUCAAGCAAGAAAAAACAGAAAAAACAUCUGUGGUGACUUGGCAACCAAAAACAACUACUCCCAGCAUGGCUUCUGUAAAUGUGGAUUUGGAGAAGCCUCGACCAAGUCAGUCCUCUGUCAGCACUUUAGAUGAUGUUUUUCUUCCAGAACCAGAGGCACCGGCACCACCAGGUAAACGUAUAAUCCAGGAAACUGAAGAAAAGGAUGAGUCUGCUCUCUUCUCACAGAUUAACACUAGUAGCGUUCUUUUGAAGACGGGCUUUGAUUUUCUGGACAACUGGUAACCAAGAUCCAAUAUAUUUCAAGCCUUUAAGACAAAAUUGCAACCUCUCCUUUCCAAGCUGACUUUGUAACUUGCAAAUUCUUGCCGCCUUAUACUGCGUUUUUUUGUAAAACCGGAUAUGUUCUUUUAUAUAACUUUUUGUGAAGUUGUUAGUUUGUACUUGUUUAGGUCAUUUUUUUUAAACGUACCUUCUCUCUCUUACACAGGGUUAAAUACGUGCAAACGUGUGUAUUAAAUAUCAUUCUAUUUGUUCAAUAUUACCCCAAGUGCUUUUAUUAUUAUUAAAAAAAAUAAUCUUUUUUUGGGCAUUUGUUUUUAUAUGUAUUUUGUAAACCAUAACAAAAUAAAUGACAAAAAAUGAAAAAAAAAAUAUUUCAAGUUAUAAAAUUGAAAGGAAUGUGUAAAAAGCAGUCAAUAGUUGUGAAUGUCUUUUUAUCUGAAAUAUUGAAAAUUUAAGUGUUUUGUUACGUGAAUUUCCAGUCUGAAAUGUAAUAUGGUAGUUUUGUUUUAAUUAUUUUUAAACUAUACAUAUACUCACUCUGCCAUAUGAUUAAAUUACAUUGAUCUCUCAAAUUUGCAAUACUAUGUUCUUACUCAACUUUCAAUGUUCUUGCAAAUGUUGUUGGGUAGAUUGAAAACCUGUGCAUUUACAAAAAAAAUGUUUAGUAAACUUAGGUGAGAAUCCUCUGUAUAACUUAAACAUAAUAAGUGGUAUUUGUACAUUUCAAAUACAAUUUUUGAAAAAUAA